GCAAUAUGGUAAAUAUGCUAGAGGGUCUUCAAGCACAAGCAGCUGCAGAUGACGAAGAAGAAGAAGAAGAAGAAGAAGAUUGAUUUUAAGGACACACCAAAGAAUUAAUAAACGUUCGUUAGUGUGCAUAGCGUUCGAUCCCCUUUUCUUGGUUGCAAAUAAACUAUUAUCCUCUUUGUUGUUGAUAUUACAUCCAUACUUAAAGUAGUCGUUUUUCAUGAGAACCAUCAACAGACCUGCCACUUGUUGAAUGAUAUGUUAUCUAAUGUUUGGAUUUUCAACGCUAUCUAAAAACUUAUUGUAUCCUUUGGUACCAGCCGUGAUACCCAUCAUGCUACAUCGAUGUGGAGUUGCAGCAUGCAUCGAAAAUACAAGUGCAGCUUAUCCUAGCCGAUUCCACGGUAUGUCAGGGAUGUGCUGUAUGAUGCUCUUUGGUAUGUAUUAUUCUCAUGUGAAUAUAACCCAAUUGCUCCUUCGUACGAUGGUAAUGUUGUGUAAAAUAAUAAAAACGGAGACCGAAGCAUUUUCAAAAGGCGCAGACGAGAGGCAAGACGUUCUAGAAAGCCAUUCACGCACGAAGCACCGACGCGAUCCUAGGUGGACCUUAAAAUAGGGGGAUAAGCGACAUCACCGUCAUUGGACAGCAGUGUCUUUUUAGAAACCGGGACGUCAACGCUGCCAAAAACAUGUUGGUAAUGAGCGUUAUCGAUGUGACAGUCAACAGGAAGACGUACUGAGUUUUGUAGAAAACGAAGAAAAAGUCACCCUCAUCAACCGCCAGCAUACUUGGCACGAAAAAUGGUGUUGAUUUUUACAGGUAGAUGAAAAGUCUAUGAAAUGGUAGUGGGCGGCUCAUAAAUUUGUUACGGAAUCCUAAACAUCCAUUUCACUUUGCUGUAGUGAUAUUUUUACUCGUGGUGUAGAGGAGUAAAAAAACCACUGUAGCUAAAAACCCGAAUGACUCGAGUAGUAGCUGACUUUACAAUAGACGUUUUCCAACAGCAUGUUGUGAAAAAAUAAAAAAAAC